GUGCCUGCGCGCACUACAGUCCGCGUUAGUGGUAGCUUGGUUGGUUUUGUUCCUUCAGUUUCAUUCUCCAACAUGAAGGCGUUGAGUCCUGUGCGCGGCUGCUACGAGGCGGUUUGCUGCCUAUCGGAACGCAGUCUGGCUAUCGCUCGGGGCCGCGGCAAGAGCCCAGCGGCGGAGGAGCCGCUGAGCCUCCUGGACGAUAUGAACCACUGCUACUCGCGCCUGCGAGAACUGGUGCCUGGCGUCCCGAGGGGCACUCAGCUUAGCCAGGUGGAAAUCCUGCAGCGCGUCAUCGACUAUAUCCUUGACCUCCAGGUGGUCCUGGCCGAGCCGGCUCCUGGGCCCCCAGACGGUCCUCAUCUCCCCAUCCAGACAGCUGAGCUUGCUCCGGAACUUGUGAUCUCCAACGACAAGAGGAGCUUCUGCCACUGACCCUGCCGUCCUGGCACCUCCAGAACGCAGGUGCUGGCGCCCGUUCCGCCUGGGACCCGGGGACCCUCUCCGGCCGGAAGCUCCAGGGCAUGGAUGAGCCCUAACCUCGCCCUGCCCACUUUACUUCCCCAAACCCCUGCCUCGAGGCUGGACCUGGCGCCCGGGAGCAAAGGACUGUGAACUUGGGUGGCCUGAAGAGCCAGAGCUAGCGCUGGUCACCAGCUGGGCAACGUCACCCUGCCCCCACCCCACCCCCAAGUUUUAAAGACUGUCUGUUCAGAGUGGAGGGCUGGAGAGUGGGGGAGUGGCAGCUCUCCCGAACUCUGCCGCGAACUCUGCCAAGGCGGCGUUUGAGCUGUCUUCUGGUCUCCCUGGAGAAAGGCUCUGUUGCCCUGAUUAUGAACUCUAUAAUAGAGUAUAUAGCUUUUGUACCUUUUUUGCAGGAAGGUGACUUUCUGUAAUCAUGCGAUGUAUAUUAAACUUUUUAUAAAAGUUAACAUUUUGCAUAAUAAACGGUUUUUAAACACUUUA